AUGCUCUUGCCCUCUAAGAAGGACCUCAAGAUUGCCCCGGAGUUCUUUGCUAUUUUCCACUGGGCCCUCAGUAUCUUAGUUUUUGGAGUCUGUGAGUGGAAUCAUAUCCAUUUGGACCCUAAAUGCCUUAAGUGGAGACCUUUACUUUUCCUGGAGGACAUUGGUGCUGCAGAGUGCAACAAUCUCCUGUUACAGUCUAGUCUCAUGCACAGCUGCAUCCCUAUGACUCGUGGCAUCGCCCCCCACCACAACUACAUCCUUGUCUGCCACCCUCCUGGGUUCAUGUCUCAUUCAUGCUUUGGCAACUUUGUCACCAAGGCCUUAGGCUUCAUCAAGAUCUUUCCUGGCAUCUCCCUUUAUGUACUCACCCUGGGAACCUUUUUCUGGGUGCCUUUCCUCAGAGACUAUGCCAUAUUGUCAGGGGCCUGCUCUGUGAGCCAGUUCUCCAUGGACUAUCUGCUUGCCAAAAAGGGUACAGGCAACAUGCUGGUUGUGGUAGUCAGUGGCCUGGUGGAGUGCAGAUAACACACACUCUAUAGGGAAGCCCUUACCAUGUUGUUCUUGAGGAACUGGACUGAGUUUGUAUGCAAGACCCUGCAGCAUGGGGUGGCUCUAAUCCCUGCCUCUGCCUUUGAGGUAGACCUUUACCAUCAGCACAUUUUCACUGCUGGAGGUUUGGUCAAUCACUUCCAGAAGUGGUUCCAGAGUGUGCUCAUUUACCCUUGUGCUUUCAAUGAGCAUGGCUUCAUUGAGAACUCCUGGGGCCUUCUGCCCUUUGCCCAGCCUGUAACCACCACUGUCAGGGAGCCUCUGCCAGUGCCCAAAACUGAGAAAACGAGCCAGAAAGUGGUGGACAAAUACCGUGCACCCUGUAGGGAAGCCCUGCAUAAGACCCUGUUGUCUUCUCAGAGACCCAGGAGCUGGUGA